AUGCUGCAUCCCAAAGUCACCAUCGGCACGGAAGCCAAGCUUGCAAUUAGCAACCUGUUGGGUCAGAAGGACGAGGUGGAAUCUUGCACAAGAGACCAGCUAUACAGUGGAAGCACAUGGCAUGCACUCGAGGCUCUGAUCUGCAGCCAAGAGUCUUGCUUCCUCGUCAUCGAUGCGCUGGAUGAGUGCACCCCAUCUCCGUCAGACAAAGACGCCCAAGCUGCAGGGGCAGACCUGAUGCGGAAACUAACAGAGCUGACGGAGCGAUCGGGCCUCAAGCUGGCCUGCUUCUCGCGCGACGACCCAACCCUCAACCCCCUGCUGCAGAAAUCCGCAUGCAUAACACUCAGACCAGACCUGGUCAUGUCCGACGUCCUGGCCGUCUUUCUGAAAGAAUACGACCGCGACCCGGCGCUUCCCCCCGGCUCCAGGGAGCGGGCCAAGAGGCGCGUGCUCAAGACGGCAGACGGCUCCUUCCUGUGGGCCAAGCUGUUCCUGCAGUACGCAAAGAGCGUCGACGACGCCGAGGCCAUCGACAUGCGGCUCGAGGCCUGCCCGGCGAAACCCCACGACGUGUACGAAAGGAUGCUGCUGGAGACUUCGAGGCUCGGAGGGUUUGGCGAGGAGGACACGCGGCUGCGCAGGACCGUUUUCGUCUUUCUGCUGGGAGCUCAGACCCCCGUGACUGUCCCGAUGCUCGUAGACGUUUUGAAGAUCCCCGAGCGCGGCGCCGCGGCCAGGAUCCAGCAGCUCUGCAAGCCGCUGGUGCACGUCUCGGAAUCGCGGGUCGAGAUCUGCCACCCUUCGGCGAGGGGCUUUCUGCUCGGCCUGCAUCCUCGCGUGACGGAUACUCUGCCGCCCUUCACGCUGGUCGAGUGCCGCGAGCUCCUGGAAAAAUGCCCGGGACGGUUUUGGCGAGACGACCUAUGA